AUGGAGAGCCCAACAAUAUCCGCACAAGAACCCCACCACCACCACCAUCCACAGCCACCGCAGACUCUGUCUCCUUGCGGCAGCGGACGGCGGAGCAGCAGCGCCUCCAACUCGCCGGAGUUCGAGUUCUGGAUGGUCCGGAACCCCAUCUUCCCCCAGCCGGAGAUCCUCUCCGCCGACGAGCUCUUCGUCGACGGCGUCCUCCUCCCCUCCACCUCCUCCACCUCCACCAGCCCGACCCGCCCGACCCCGCCCCCGAGCACGAAACCGCCCGCAGGUCCGGAGCCUCCCGCUCCCGAGGCGGGCCUUCCCAACGCCCCCGACCCGGAUCCGGAACCGGGGCCCCAGCUGACCCCGGCGUCGUCGUCGUCGGCGGCCACCGCCUCGAAGCGGUGGAGGGACAUCUUCAAGAAGAGCGAGAAGAAGUCCACCAACCACCAAGAAGAGAAGCCGCCGCCGCCGCCGCCGCCGCCGCAGGCGGAUAAGGACAGGGAGAAGAAGAAAGAGAAGAAGAGCAACGGCCGAGGCGGUUCGGGCUCGGGCCCCACCGAGCUGAACAUCAACCUGUGGCCCUUCUCGCGGAGCAGAUCCGCCGGGAACGGCGGCGCCCGGCCCAGAUUGGCGGCGUUCGGCGGCCCGAACGCCCGGAAGGUGAGCAGCGCGCCGUGCUCGCGGAGCAACUCGGCGGGGGAUUCCAAGUCCCGGAAGUGGCCGAGCAGCCCGGGCCGGGUCGGGGUGCAUUUGGGCCGGAGCAGCCCGGUCUGGCAGGUGCGCCGUGGGGCCCCGCCGGCCAAGGCCCCCGUCCCUGCCGCCGCGGCCUCCUCCGACCCCGCGGCCCGCGGCGUCGAUAAGGUCGUCCUCAAAUCAGAAGCCGCGGCGGCCGAGACCCGCCGGAGCAAGGCGGCGAGGGGCGGCGCCGGCGGCGGAGCAAGCAAGGCUAGGGUGUUGAAUUUGAACGUGCCGAUGUGCAUCGGGUACAGGCACCAUUUGAGCUGCAGAAGCGACGACAAUGGCACAAUCCGGGUGACCGGAGCCGACUGCGGCGACACCAACAGCAGCGGCGGCGAUGGCGCCGGCGCCGGCGGUGGUGGUGGCAGCGGCGGGGGUAGUACUAAUAUUUUCAACCUCCGGAGCCUUUUUACCAAAAAGGUGCACUAAUUAACAGCAUAUUUUCUAGACCGAGCUUUAAUUUUUUUCCCCUUUCGUGAUUUGUUUGCGUCUAUUAUUUAAUAUUUUUGUAUAAAGAGCGAAAUCUAAGUUAUAUAUUGUUAUAUUUUGGUGUAUAAUUAACCAUGAAAAAAGCUUGCUGCCUUUUGCUUGUGUCUGC